UCCAACAAAGAAUGGCUGAAAAUAUUCCUGAGGGUGACUACGAGAAGGGAAAGAAGAUUUUCAAAGCGAGGUGUUUUCAAUGCCAUGUCAUCGAUUCGGAUGCUGCCAAGACUGGGCCGACAUUGAAGGGUGUUAUUGGUCGCAAAAGUGGAUCGGUUCCUGGUUUUGACUACUCUGCUGCUAAUAAGAACAAAGGAGUGGUUUGGACUCGUGAGACGUUGUUCGAGUACUUGCUGAAUCCUAAAAAGUAUAUUCCUGGCACUAAGAUGAUAUUUGCUGGGCUGAAGAAGGCUGAUGAGCGUGCGGAUCUGAUAAAAUAUAUUGAGGAAGAAGGCAAGAAAUAA